AUGGUGCCAACAUUUAAAGGUGACAUCAAGGAAUAUAAACCGUUUAAAGAAAGUAUGACGACAGCGCUGGAAAGAAUGGAAUUAUCUACAUUAUCUACAAGAAAAUUACAAACGCGCAUGGGAAAUGGAUUAAAACAAAUGGUCCUUCGACUUUUGAAAUUAGUGACUUAUAGUGAUACAGUUCCACUGUAG